ACGUUUUCACGUGCCAAAAGGCGGGUCGAAAGAUUGGAUAAAGAGCUCCGGAAUUUUGACAAUGGGACCCGUCAACUGGGCAGCUCGGCUGCAUUGCUACUGGCUGCAUCCAGACUUCGCGAACGGCUCGUCCGACUUUUGUUCAUCUUCCGCGAGAAUACGGCCAAACUAUUUCCUCGGAGGAUUGCACGCCAGUCCAGAGACACGCUCGUGAAUCCCAACAUCAUGGAUCGACGUGGCAAGGUUCACCACGAACCUCUCCAAUUUCAGACAUUCAUGACAGAGGAUGGCUUCGCAACUGAAUCGAUCCCCAAGGAGUUUGAAGGCUUUGCAGGGGAUCUCCGCAUGUUGUUGCAUAGUCUGAACGACUUUCCUGAGUUCAGGGAUGAUGCGGUGAAUACUUCAAUCAAUGCCUUCGUAGGAGAACUGGAAUACCGGGCUUCCUGUUUGACGGAGUAUAAAGGUCACUUUCGGCUUGCUUCAGUGCAACAAUACGUCCACGGACUUACCACAGAAAUUGGAGAUCAUAUUGACGUUGUAGCAUCGACUUUGUCGAUGUUCAUAGAUAUCGGUGUCCCCAUCAUUCAGCUCUCGCAACAGUAUGCGGCCUCCAAUCUUUCUAAUAUGUCAAUGUUCGGUACCAUAUUUUCGGUUGUCACCGCAACGCUUUUACAGCUCUCGUACCGACAAACCGACACUAGGUUGUCAAUAUCUGUAAAUGCAUUUUGGUUUUCGUCGCUAGUUUGCAGCGUUGCAGCUAUAGCGACCAGUCUACUUGGUUUGGCAUGGACGCAGGCCAUACACCGCUCCCCAAAUCACAGAGUACCCUGGUGGGUAUUGACAUGGAUCCGGCGAUCUCCUCUCGUGUUACUCGUCGGUGCAGUUACAUGCUUCUUUGUGGGACUCAUGCUGGUCACAUUCACGAUAAGUGACAAUAUGGUCACGCCCGUCCUAACCACUAUAUUCACGAGCAUCACGUGCCUCGGACUCGCUGCCUCAUUGUGCUGGAUGGUGUUGGAACGAUUUGUGUUCAUCCACCAUCGAGGUCAUAUAUGGCUAGAGGACCUCAUGUUAGAUACCAUCAAACAUAUCACUGCGCCCAUACGAACGAUCGCCCACCGUUUUUACUCAAGUUUCCGUGCAUACAUUCGGCGACUCCAUCCCGCCAAAUCACUUGAGAGAGCGACAUAUGAUGAAAAUGUCGAGUGCGCAGCUCCAACCUCAUGUGGUGUUUCUACAGUACCUCCCUCGACUCAGGACGAGGUGGUAUCAAUUUCCUGGGAUACGCCAGACGAACAGGAUGAAGCUAGACGAUCUCGUGCUCGAGAUCGCUUCAAGAAUGCUGUUCGGAGGAUCAUUUCAAUGCAGUCACGUCCGAGAAUCUCCGGGUCGCAAUCUCCUGAUUGGCUGAUGCGUUCAGGCCCUGUUUCCCACCCCCCUUCGCCAGGAGGAACCACAGCUCGACGUUUAGCUAUGUCUGCUCUCUCCAAAAAGUUGCAGAGUCUGGAAUGCAGUCAAGAUAUAUCGCCUCAUCAAGCUCUCGUGAGAGACUUGCAAUUCUCUCCGGAUGGAAAAUAUCUCGCGACAGCAAGCUGGGAUAAGACAUCAUGUAUCUUCAAGGUCUCCGAACCGUCCGCUGAUCACCACGUUCUUUACCAUGAGCGAGGCUUUACGGAGCAAAUCAUUUGGUCCGCAUGUGGCAACUACGUGUUGACCAGGUCUCCCCGCGGCAUAAAGAUAUGGACAAAGGAUGGUGUUUGCCUAAAAACAGUCCGUCGGCCACAUAUAGUCCAGUUCUUACAGUGGAUGCCUCUUGAAGACAGGUCGGUUCUAUCUGUCGAGGGGAGUGAAAUUGUGAAACUGGUAUCAUCCGAGAAGGUCCUUGACACUUACAGCCUCGGACGUGUUGAACUUCGACGGAUCGUUGUUACAUCGGACGGGAAUCGUAUAAUAGGCAUCGGUCCUGUAAUGGCGGCGCCUAACGGAAUGCACCCCAGUCGUCCUACGAGAGUGGAAAAGCGCAUUAUAGGCAACGUUUCAGUGUACAAUACGCGCACACGUCUCAUCGAAAAUCAAACGCCACUUUUUCAGGAUGUAAAUGAUGUUAAAUUGUCAAGAAACAACACUCACCUCCUCUUUGCGUUCGGGGAUCAGUCCCCUCCUCAGCUCUGGAAGAUGGAGUUGGUCGGGGGUCGGAAUUGUGCGAAACUUACUUUCCGUCAUGAAUUUUCAUCUAGAGUCUCCAUCGAAUAUGUCGGAUCAACGUUUGGCGGCAGAAACGAUCAAUUCAUACUGUGCGCCGGAAAAUCUGGUGAUAUCCUGAUUUGGGACCGAGAAUCUGCCAACCUUCUUCAUCAUAUCCACCCUACAAGCCCUGACCAGGAUUUAACUUGUAUAUCAUGCAAUCGCCUCUCAGGUGACCCUUUCGCAUUUGCCGCAGGCGGCCACGAUGGCAGUAUUCGCACAUGGGCAACAUCUCUAUGUCUCUCUCCCACUUCUCCAUCGGGUGCACAAGACAUGUCAUCGUCUGAAUCGCUAUCGAGCUACUAUCCUAGAGGAUGGCCCGCAGAUAAGGUCCCUGCGGACCAUUUUCUGAAGGUCGUUCCGCUAGCUCGGCGAAGGCGGUCUUCGAGUAUAGCUUUCGUGUCGAGAACGAGUUCGGAAUCUGCUUGUUGGACACAAGAAAGUAUGAGUCGGAAAUCAGACGAGCUUGAUAAUUAUGUAUAA